AUGACUGAUAACUCUCGGCCAGCGAUGACCGCGCUUCCGGCCGAGCGGCCAAGGAAGAGGGUUCGAAUGGCUUGUGACAGAUGCCGACGCCAAAAGCUGCGGUGCGAUACUAAACGUCCUUGCGCUCUGUGCGUUCGCUCCGCAGUGCAAUGUUUUACGGACGGCUGGGAGGUCUCUUCAGACCGCCAGCAAGAUGGUGAGAAACACUCUUUCCCUAGUUUCGAUCUGGAUAAUGCCUACUCAUGGGCUCGAAAUGGCGUUGGAAACGCAUCCGAGCAUAUGUUGGGGAACCGGAAUCCUACUGUAUCACCUGUCGUCAACAGCGACAGUCCUUGUUCAGAAACUGGCCUCCCGGGAGGUCAGAAAAUUGCACAAAACGUGUCAUCAGCUAUAGAGCUGACCCAAGAUAUAUUACGACAGCUUGACCCCAAUCUAUCACUGCAGACCGAUACCUCAGCAUUACCUGGUGGCUCUCGUGGCAACCGAGCGUCGUCCGACCAAGCAGGAUGUCAGCUGCCGGUGUGCGACAUUAUCGGCAUCGAGUUGCCUCCGAAGGGUGUAGUUGAUGUUCUUGUCGAUUCUUAUAUUGAAUCUGUUCACUGGUUCAUGUUGUUAUUUCACGAGCCAUCUUUCAGAUGGAGAUACAAUGCCAUACUGUCUACGGGUAUGGCAUCUUCUGGAGACAUACACUUUCUGGUCCAGUUGAUGCUUGUUCUGGCCAUUGGAGCCAGAUAUGCAGAGCCAGAAGCAGCACUCUCAUGUGCAGGUCUCGGCCUAGACCUACUCGCCUUGCAGGACACGUUACUUCACGGUGUCCGUGCACAUCUAUUCGACAUCAUAGACGAAGGCGGUGUCGAAUGUGUACAAACUUGCGUCCUCCUGAGCACGUUCUACCUUUACCACGGGAAGCCAAACCUCGCAUUUGCUAUUCAUGGCAUGGGUUUCAAAUGUGCGGAGGCAAUCUGUCUUCAUGAUGAAUCUAGUUGGCAUGACGACACUGCUCUAGCUCGAGAGGUCAAGCGCCGCGUUUGGUGGGCGUUAUAUGUCGUUGACUGCUUCUACUCCAUCAUAUACGGUCGACCCCGUUGUACUAGAGACGGCGAGUCACGGGUGUCAAUGGUAACAAAUUUCGAUGAUACGACUGCUCGUCAUCCGACCUACAGAUCAUUUGAGAUGGUAGAUGGCAUAAAUUACCCCAUCACGAUCUUUUCGUAUCAACGAUAUAAGUUCAAUCUUUACAAGAUUGCAUCCCGCAUCAUGAAGGAGAUGCACUUCCAUAGCUCCCCAGGUUUGUUAGUAACAGCGAGGAAAGCAGAAGACUUCAACAGAGAACUCACGACUUGGUACGAUAGCCUUCCCCUUGAGCUGCGAUAUGCAGCCAAUGAACCGGAGCCGUGCUCAGGCACUACAUUCUCAGAGGGAAAGAUCGCCAGGACUUUUGGUCUUCAGGCUCUUACUCUUCAGCUAGCGUACGACAACAUCCAGAUACUCCUGCACCGUCCGAUGUUGCAGUACCCCAUUACUAUCCACGAUAAGACACGCCCUCCUGGAACCUGUCCGCCAUCGUCCAAUACACUUUCAGCGAACAAAGCGGUUGUUUCUGCUCAAGAAAAGGCUGUCCGAGAGAUAGGCAAAGCCCGGUGUUGGGAAUCCGCGCUCCGGACGUCGCAGAUUCGCGUUUCGACCAUGAAAGCUGCUGAGCAAACACACGCUGCGUCUUAUGUUGGGAUCCACAUGUUCACUGCUAGUAUGGUACUUAGCAUUGUGGCCCUGUCCGAGCCUCUGUCCGUUACAGCGCACGAAGCAAAAUCAGCGAUCGCCCGUAUAGUUAACAUUAGCUCAGCCACAAACCGCAAAGCCCUUCUAUCGGCACAGGCCGAACAGGUCAUGCGUGAACUUAUGCGGCUCAUUCUUGAGAAAGAAAUGGGCUCCAUAUUCUCAACCGCUGAACGACCAAUUGAUUCAGACGACAGAAGUGAGAAUGAUGCGCAAAGGCAUCCAUCGAGGAGCAGCAUUAAACCGCACCUAGCUCAGUCCCAUAAUUUCGAGCAAGUUGUAAGCGCCAGUCGAAGUGGUGGUACUUAUGAGAGUGACAUUGCAACAGCACGGCAGAACAACUCUUGGUCCUCAACACAUCAGCAGCAAAUUGGGGAUCAGGAGGCUUUCCUUAGUGAAAGGGUGAAUUACAAACAAGCGCUGUCAUCUCUGAAUGAUGUAAUAUCUCAAACGAAGCGUUCGCCCAAAAAUGAUCGCCACUGGCAGCAAAGUACCAUCGAGUCUGCCAACGUCCAGACAUUAGGAGCCUUAGGUGGCGGGAUGACUAGUGUAUGGGAGUCUGACAGCGGAGGCCUGAGUGAUGUGGGACAGACCUGGUUGUGGGAGUCCGCAUCGCUUCUUACCGACAUCAACCAUGACUUGGACGUACCUUCUACAGGAUAUGGCAACGAUUUCAGUAGAUUGGAAUGA